GUACUACUCUUGAGUGAGAAGAGCGAGCCAUUGAUUUCGAUUUCUUCUUCCUCCUAGCUAUUUCCUCCUGUAUCUCUGCCGGAAAAUGACGAGUGCAAUGUUACGCGAUCGCAAAUUGGAGAAGCAAAUGGGAUGCAUGACCGUCUUCUUCCAAAUGUUCGAAAAGAAUCAUAUCAUGGGCGCCAACCGAAGAUUCAAUUCCACCAAAGGACUCAUUUCUCCUCCUUCGUUAGUUGUUACAACUCCCGAUUCGGUUACAACCGUCACUCCACCGGCACCGGCGGCGGUUACUGAAAAUGAAGAAGUGGUGGUUACGAGAACCGCCGCCACUCCGAUUCCCGUUCCGGCAGGGCUACCGUUACCGGUUCCAUUUCCAUUUCCACCUAGGCUUUCACUUGAUAGCAGAGCAACUAUGGAUUCUAGAGGAAGCCUUCAGCCAAAGGAUAUCCGAACUAAGUUGGCGAUUCUCUCACGAAAUGGAACUGUUGCUGAUACCGAUGAUGACAAUCAAAGCCGGUCUCCCAGCGUCAUUGCUAGGCUCAUGGGGAUCGAACUGUUGCCUUCAUGUCCGGAUGCUACGAACAAGUCUGAACUUCGUAGAUCUGCUUCGGAAUCUCGACUUACUAGAGAUCUGUCGCAAAAUCAAUUCGUGGAUGCUAAUCAUUCCGGAAAGCAGCGAAUUAAUCAUCAAUCGCCAACACUGUCUCCGAAACAACUGACUACUGCUCCGCCGGAAAAUGUAGCGAAUGCGAAUUCGCAAUCACUGAUGAAGAGUGAAAUCGCCGGCGGAUCUCAAUUACCGCGUAGGAGCAUCUUUGAUUCCGACGAGUCUUUCCCUUCCUAUGGUGAGAUGGAGAAACGGAUGAAGAUGAAAGGUGUUGCUGAUCCAUCGAAAGAACUAGACUCAUUGAAACAAUUCAUUGAAGAUCGUCGGCUCAAAGGACUUCUUCACGUCAAUACUGCAAUCAAACAGAAGAACGACUUCGUCUAUGAACAGAGUCUCCGGUCGGCUAAAUCUCACACUAGCCUAAUGCAGUCAAAGUUUAUCCGUCCGCAUGUAGAGCCGUUCCCAUCAUUGAUAUUAUGUCAUAGCAGUUUGUCGGAUAAUCAACCAAGGCGGAUAAGGAAUGGUAGUAGUUCCAGUUCCAGUUCAUCAUAUACUCGUAAGGAAGGUCCCCCAAAAGCUCCAAAUCCAAUCAGGGGUAAAAGACAAUCUGCCAUUGCCAUAACAAAGAAGAAGAGUAACAAUGAACAGGGGAGAAGGGUCUCCUCCCCUUCUCAGUCCCCAGUUCAGAGUCCCAGGAACAAGAUCCCAGCCGACCUUUCACCGAGGAACCGACGCCAGAUCACUGCAGAGGUGAAACCCAUCACGCCAAUACCUCCUCCUCAAACUGAUUCAGAGAAGAAGAAACCCAAAACGGAGGAAAGCGGAGGAGGAGGGAAGAACUUGUUGGAGAGGUGCGACAAGCUGCUUAAUAGCAUAGCGGAAAUGACAGCCGCGGCCGAUACACAACCGAGUCCGGUCUCUGUUCUACAGUAUAAGGAAGAAUCAGCCUCCCCUUCCCCUUCCCUUUCCCCUCCUUCCCCGGUUCUUCCCCGGUGCAUUGACUUCAAAGGAGAAAAAGGACUGCUGGAAUAUGACGUCGAUGAAUACUACUUCAAGCACUCUAUCACCACCACCACCCCGGCCAUCAUCUCUUCCGAGCCUGAAUUCAUCUACCUUGCCGACAUCUUCAAAGCCAUAACCAAUCUUCCUGAAUAUAUCGACCCGUUCUUAACAGUUGAAGAGCAGUACCUGCUAAAAGAGAAAGAAGGGUCUACUAGUACUACAAUUUCAAAGCCAGAGAGAAAGGCGAUGUUUGAUAUGGUCAUGGAAAUCUUUAAACAGAAGCGUCGUCCAUUGCCGCCUUGGACAAAGGCGGCAAUGGAGGCGGACGCUUCUUCGUUGCCGACGCUGGAGCAGAUAUGGGCUGAGUUUGAGAAUAUCCGGCGGAAGCCAGAAGAUGAUGAUGUUAAGAUAGAGAAGUUGCUGAUGAAGAUGAAUCAGAAGGAGAAGGAGAAGACGAAAGAGGACGAAAUAACUGCGGAAGAGAUAGUGAGGAAGGAUUUUGAAAAGGGGGGGAAGGAGAUUAGUGGAUGGGGGGGUGAAGAGCCAACUCAGGAAAUAGCGGAUAUAGUGCUGGAUAUAGAGAGGCAGAUAUUUAAGGAUCUUAUUACCGAAACUAUUCAUGAGUUAUCUUUCGCCUCUCUUAGCAAGAAGCUCGAUUUCUAG